AUGGCGACCCGAAGCCGUUUCUUCCGGCCCCUCCUCUACACCGCUGCGGUAGCUGCAGCCGGAGGGGGCGUACUCUACAUCUCGUACAGACCGCGAAACAUACCCGGCUCAGAGCCAGCACUUGUACCUCCGCCCAAGUAUGGCGAAGAAGGGCACCUGGAUCCUCCGAGGUUUCCCUUGGUCAAAAAUCGAGAAGAGCAAAUCGCGGAUCUGAAGAGGAGCGCCGGCGUGAUAAGCGCAUUGGAAAAGGCAAAGGGCGUUCUGGGCAGCUUAACAGGACCUGGCGUUGUGGAUCAGAGAAUUCCCGAAGCAGAGCCAUAUGAUCUGCUGGUCAUUGGUGGUGGGGCUACAGGCUCAGGAAUUGCACUCGAUGCGGCUACACGUGGGUUGAAGGUUGCGAUGGUGGAGAGGGACGACUUUUCUAGUGGCACAAGUAGCAAGAGUACGAAAUUGGUGCAUGGGGGAGUGAGAUACUUGGAAAAGGCUGUGUGGGAGCUUGACUACAACCAGUACAAGCUCGUUAAGGAGGCCCUACGGGAGCGGAAGUACUUUCUGGAUACCGCACCUCAUCUUUCGAGUUGGUUGCCCAUCAUGAUCCCCAUACAAAAGUGGUGGCAAGCGCCAUACUUCUGGGCUGGUACUAAAUUCUACGACUUCCUUGCUGGGUCCGAAGGCAUCGAGAGCUCUUAUUUCUUAACAAAGAGUAGGGCAAUGGAUGCUUUCCCAAUGUUACGGAAAGACAACCUCUUUGGGGCUCUGGUCUACUACGAUGGUGCUCAUAACGAUUCGCGAAUGAAUGUAUCGUUAGCAAUGACAGCAGCGCUUUACGGUACUACUGUGGUGAAUCAUCUUGAGAUUACUGGCCUGGAGAAAGACGCAGCUGGCAAGCUCAUUGGAGCUCGGGCCAAGGAUUUGGUGCAAGAGCGAGACGGAAAGAGCCCACAAGAGUUCAGCAUUAGAGCCAAGGGUGUCAUCAACGCCACCGGCCCCUUCACCGACGCAAUACGUAAGAUGGACGACCAAAGUGUCAAGGAAAUUGUUGCGCCUAGCUCUGGAGUCCACGUCAUUCUACCUGGGUUUUACAGUCCUUCGAAGAUGGGUCUGAUUGAUCCCUCAACCUCGGACGGCAGAGUCAUUUUUUUUCUCCCAUGGCAGGGCAACACUAUUGCUGGAACUACAGACGCACCUACAAACAUUACUCAAAAUCCAAUCGCUGGUGAAGAAGAGAUCAACUGGAUCCUCUCGGAGAUUCGCGGCUACCUAGCUCCUGACAUCAACGUGCGAAGAGGUGAUGUACUUGCGGCGUGGUCCGGUAUCAGACCUCUCGUCAAGGAUCCCAAAUCCAAAAACACCGAGUCGCUUGUUCGGAACCACCUGAUUACCGUAUCUGACUCCGGCUUAUUGACCUGUGCAGGCGGCAAAUGGACGACCUACAGGCAAAUGGCUGAAGAAACCGUGGAUGAGGCCCUCAAACUCUACGAUAUUAAAGCCAGUUCUGUGCUUGAAGUGCCACACAUCAGCGGCACCGAACGCAUGGAUGACAGCGCGCCGCUAGAUGGUACUUGCCAAACCCAUCAAGUCCGUUUGAUCGGUGCGCAUGGCUUCUCGAAAACGCUUUUUAUCAAUCUCAUCCAGCAUUUUGGCAUCGAAAGUAUUGUUGCUAAACAUCUGUGCGAGUCAUAUGGAGACCGCGCGUGGACCGUGGCUGCCUUGUCAUCACCCACAGAGCAAAGAUACCCGGUGCGGGGCGUUAAGAUCUCCGCGCUCUACCCCUUCAUCGACGGCGAGGUUCGCUAUGCAGUACGCCACGAGUACGCCCAGACAGCAGUGGAUGUCCUUGCGAGACGGACGCGGCUGGCUUUCCUCAAUGCCCAGGCAGCCCUUGAAGCAUUACCUACAGUCAUCGAUCUCAUGGCGGACGAACUGAAGUGGGACCGGAAGCGAAAGGAUAGGGAAUGGAAAGAUACAGUGCAGUUCCUGGCGUCGAUGGGCUUGGCAAAGAGCAAGCUCAGCGUGACGAGGAAGGAUGUGGAGAGUGGUAAAGCUGGAGAGUAUGAUGAGCAUGAAAGGAAGCUCUACUCAAGGCAUGAUGCUCCAGCGGAUACGAUGGAGAGUGAUUCCAAGUUCAGCUCUGGCGAGAAGCCCGUUCUGAAGACAGACUCGUCCGUCAACAAAUAG